UUUACCACCGAUAUUAUUAUCCUGUUACUGCCCAUGCCUCUGGUUUAUCAGCUAGAGGGUCCUUGGGAUCAAAAAUUCUCUCUGAUGGCUGUAUUUGCCAUUGGCAUCUUCGUUGCGGUUACAUCAUGCCUCCAAGUUGUAACGGUUGACAUAUUUUCUCCCGACAAUACAUACGAUAUUGCGAACGUGAUCUGGACUAUCAUCGAGCCAAAUGAGGCUGCCAUUUGUGCAAGCUUGCCGAUUAUACGCCCGCUUGUGGCUAAAUUAUCCCCAGUCCUGAGGAGUAAUGGUUCAGCGAACGGGCAUGACUUGUUGGGCUACGCCAAACUGUCAAAAUGUACGAGAGAAAGCCAAGUACCGCGUGGGAAGGACUGGACAGAAUCAAGUAUGAAGUUGGAAAUACAUGUAGGAAUGCAUAUAUAG